CUCCCCCCGCCCCCUCGCGCCCCCCAUGCCUUUGUGUGCGCGAGGCUCUCUGUGAGCGGCGGUUCUUCAAGUGAGAUAUCGGUUCGUUUCUGAGCGCUGUUUGAGUUUGUGUGGGCUGUUCAAACAUAGCCUGGCUGACUGGGACUGGGGUGAACCGGUAGAAGGCACGUGAAACCUCGGAGUUUAUUCACACACGCGCGAUCAGAAGGAAAAUAACGGAGAAAUAUCGAAUAUCGGACUUUUCCCUUUCGUCUUACCCAUCUAUCAUUCUCCCUUUAUCAUUCUCUCGUCCUCUCUAUCCGUGGAGAAUUUGACCAACCUAAACAACCUGAUGUGUGUGUAUGUGUGUUUUGGGGGCGUAAAACAACUGGCAGCGCGUGAAGAUGGAUUAACGUUUGAACGGAAAACUGGAGCAGCACGCAAGACCUCGGCGAGGGGGGAGGGCAAGACGGGCCUCUGCUAACACACACAACCCGCGGGACAGAGACUCUGAUUGGACCAACACCAGGAUGAUGUCGUCACCAAAAGCCAAGACCAAGAAGAAACCUCCCAAAGACAGCAUGACACUUCUGCCAUGCUUCUACUUCAUAGAGCUCCCCAUCGUCCUCUCCUCCCUUGUCUCUCUCUACUUCAUGGAGUUGACAGACCUGUUGUCCCCGGCGACCCCUGGGUUCCAUUGCUAUGACCGGGACCUGUCGUUGCCCUACCUGGAGACAGGAGAUGAACUGAUCCCUCUGCUGAUGUUACUGAGCCUGGCCUUCGCAGGACCGGCUGCCUCGAUCAUGCUGGGUGAAGGGCUGGUGUAUUGUUACCAGUCCAGAGUCAAACCGAGUAAAGCUGAUGGGUGUAACAUCAACUCCUUCCUACGGAGGACUGUUCGCUUUGUUGGUGUUCAUGUGUUUGGUCUCCUGGCAACAGCCCUAAUGACAGACAUCAUCCAGUUGGCUACUGGUUAUCCCACCCCUUUCUUCCUGACUGUCUGUCAGCCCAAUUACACGCUGCCUGGGAUAUCAUGUGACCAGAACAAUUACAUCACACAGGACAUCUGCUCUGGGAAAGAUAUGUAUGCCAUCCUGUCAGCCAGGAAAACAUUUCCGUCCCAGCAUGCAACGCUCUCUGGCUUUGCUGCUGUCUACAUCUCUAUGUAUUUGAACAGUGUGAUCAGCAGUAGUACUAAGCUGGUGAAGCCGGUGCUGGUGUUUGGAUACUGUCUGGCGGCGGGUAUAGCCGGACUGACACAGAUCACACAACACCGCUGCCAUCCCAGAGAUGUCUAUGUUGGCUACGCCAUAGGAGCUGGCAUAGGAGUCUACCUGUCUCUGUAUGCAGUAGGUAACUUCAGGUCAUCCGAGGAGGACUGCCUCCCCCAGCCUGUCCGGAGGGCUGCGUCCCCCCCCCAGCAGCAGAGGGAGGUGGUGGUGAGGGGAAGAGCCCAGAGAGGUCAUGCUUCUCAGCACAGCUCUCUGUACCGCAGCAAGACACCCAGACCCUCAGACAGCAGGGAGGAACUGGGCACUGGACGCUGCAAGGUUCGUAGGGAGAAGGCCAGCGUAGCAUCUCUGAAGAGGGCCAGUGCUGACGUGGAGCUCCUGGCACCCCGCGGCCCCAUGGGAAAGGAAACCAUGGUAACAUUCAGCAAUACCUUACCCCGCGUUGCCAACGGCAGCAGCACCUCGCCCCCCGGAGACGACCCCUCCAACCAGCGGCACAUGACCUUCCACCUGUCCUUCGACCCCCGCAGGUCACAACCAAGGCUGCGACCACCGCUGGUGCAGGAGUGGAGACAGCAGCGCUCUACGGAGAGACGGAGCGAGGAGGAGGGAGAGACGGACACAUCUGGAGGAGAGGGAGGAGGAGGGGGAGAGGCAGGGGAGACAGGGGUGAUGAAUCCUCCCUCCCUCUAUCCAACGGUACAGUCGGCCAAUCGAGCCGUUGCCACGGCUACCUCAGCACCAGCCCCACUGGUGCAUAUCCCUAAGGAGGGGAUUAGACACCCCCCUACUGUCUCCCCUCUACCUCCUACGGUCUCCCCUCUACCUCCUUCUGUCUCCUCUCUACCUCCCCCCGUCUCCCCUAAGAGCGCGGUGACGCGUGCCAAGUUGAUGUCACUCAACCAGGGAGGGGAACGAGUCAGGGAGGGCCCUAUCCCUGUGACGACUCCGCGUGUGCCCCACCAGCCGCCCAAUCAGCCGCCCAAUCAGCCGCGAGUGGCGCAGGUCAUUGCCAUGUCCAAGCAGCACGGACCAAUCAGCUCCUCUGCCAAGGGCUCUGACACCGCCUCUUCCUGUGGAGGAGGGUCUUCAACAGGAAGCUCUGAGUCUCCGUACUACCGGGUCACCUCUGACCAUGACAGCCACACCGGGAGUGUUACCGGGAGCGUUACCGGGAGUAUUGUCACCAUAGACGCUCAUGCCCCUCAUCACCCUGUGGUCAGGGUGUCUAGCAGUGUCGGUACCGGGAGUAACGGGACCCUGGGGGCCAGAGUAACAGCUGCCGGUAACGGGACCCCCUGGGAGCGGAGGAACACCACCAGCGGGAGCGUCGGUGAGCAGGGCCAGAGGGGGGCGCUGCAGCGCCAGGAGAAAGUCUCCGCACCGGAAUAUCGGGAAUACCGCACACUUCCUGUGAAAUCAGACUCUAUCUGCUCCUCCUCUCCCAACCAGACCGAUUCCUCCACCCUGCCUCCCCCUCCUCACCCCAUCUCCUAUCUGCUGUUGGACAGUUACUCCCCCUCCCCCGCUCUAUGA